AUGCCCUGCAGGAAUAUCUAUUGGUAAAAAGGAGAGUGUAGUCAGUGACGUCACGUCCCGUAUUGUCGUAACGUGGCGGAGAAGUGAUAAAUAGGAGUGGCUGACAAUUUACUCACACUUAAUGACUUCUGCGUUAGUUUUUUCGUAAGGACUAUAAUUUUAGUUCAAGGUAAAUUUUUAAGCGGCAUAAUGUCGUCUUCAGGAGAUUUUGGGAACCCACUGAGGAAAUUCAAACUCGUUUUCUUGGGCGAGCAGAGUGUUGGGAAAACAUCCCUAAUUACAAGAUUUAUGUAUGAUAGUUUUGAUAAUACUUACCAGGCAACCAUAGGAAUAGACUUCUUAUCAAAAACAAUGUACCUUGAAGACAGAACGGUUCGGCUCCAGCUGUGGGACACAGCCGGACAAGAGAGAUUUCGUAGCCUCAUCCCAUCAUACAUUCGAGAUUCUACGGUUGCUGUUGUUGUUUACGACAUUACGAAUGCUAAUUCAUUCCAUCAAACAUCCAAAUGGAUUGAUGAUGUACGGACAGAGCGUGGAAGUGAUGUCAUUAUAAUGCUGGUUGGCAACAAGACAGAUUUAUCAGACAAGCGACAAGUAUCUACAGAAGAAGGAGAGCGCAAAGCAAAGGAGCUCAAUGUUAUGUUUAUCGAGACCAGUGCCAAGGCUGGUUACAAUGUUAAGCAGUUUGUUUUGCAGCUGUUCCGGCGCGUAGCAGCUGCUCUACCUGGUAUGGACUCAACAGAGAACAAGCCCCCGGAAGACAUAGCGGUUGAUUUGCAGACACAUCCACCACAGCAAAAUGAUCAACAGGAUUCAGAAGGAGGCUGCAUGUGCUAAGAUAAAUCAUCAAAUAAAGAAUAAGGGUACACUACCAAGGUGAGCAGUAAAGCAGCAGCAACAGCGGUGGCUGGUAAAGUGAGAAAUGCAGCGGUGAAGAAUCAUUGACAACAUUGUUUUGGUGACAUGAGAAAAAUGUCAUUGACUUCACAAAAAUAAAUUAUUUCUUGUUCAAUGUCAGGUAUUAGAAGACCUCCUCCUCCAUUUAUUUAUGUUAUAUAUUUUUUUGCCUGCUGUUUGAACACCAUUCCAAGCAUCUGCAGCUUUUUUAUGCAAGCAGUGUACAUGGGUUUCAUGCUAAAUGCACAAUGCUGUAUUUGCCUGAGUAUGUACAUAAAUGUUUGCUGUAUGAAAAAAUGCUUGUUCAUACAAAUUAAGGUGCCCUGUGUGAACGUUGUUUCUUGUGAGCUGGAAAACUUCUGCAGGCAGGUUGUAGUUUUAAGGCUGUGGUUCCCAAGUGAAGUAUGUGAACCUCCAUAUACAUACUUUACCUGCCCCAUCCAAAUGCAGCAAAAUCUAUGGGCAUUGUUUCCUUUCUGAAAGGAAGGGAAGCCAGUGUAACUACGAGUGGAAUAGGUUACAGAAAAUGGCAUUUUAAUAAAAACAAGUAUACAAAUAGAAAAGCAGCAUCCAUAUAAGUUACAUGAAUAUUUCUUAAACUGGUUGCCAUAUAAAGAUAAGCCAUUUUUUCAUGAUGAACCCCUGAAUUAUUUUGCAUAUAUCAAAGGCAUUUCUGAACUACAGUCUGGGAACAGCUGUUGCAGUGGAAAGAAAAUGAUAAUCCCUGGGUUGUUUGACAUUAUAAAUAAAAAACUUCCAUACAUUAUAUAAUGUUAUAUAGUGAUUUAUAAACUUACAUUACUCUAAUGGUGCAUAUUAGUAUGAGAUCCAACCUAUAAAGGAUUUUAUUCUGGCAGGGUUAUAAAUUCAGAAGCACUGUCCCAAGGUAUGCCCUCAACCCAGAGAUUACCUUUGAAUAAUUGAAUGUGUAUUUCAGACUUUCAUCACCUAGUAUGUGAGUGACUAACAUUCCAUAUUUUCAGAUUUUACUGAAAAGACAAUGUUUCCUGGGAAAAAAUUGUUUUCCAGUGUCAGUGAAGCAAAAAUGAUCUGCCUGUUCAAGUUAUAAGGCUUUGAUUAAAAUAUCUUUCUUUUUUAAUCAUCGAUUGCUUGAAUAAAGAAUUUGGAGAACACUGAUAUGGAUUGUAUGGAAAGUUUGCUUAGUAUAAUGGUACCUAUUAUAUCAGUCCUUAUUUGUGCAAAAGUCAAUUGAAGAAUAGUUAUAAAUGUUUGAAUCAGUUUUUUCCAAAAUUAGAAGUCUUUUCUUCCCUUUAGAAUCAUCCUGGUUUCAGGUUGACAAAUGUUUCAUACAACUCAAAGUAAUAACUAAAGGAAAUCUUCAUAUUUGCUUCAUGACUAAUAAUUUCACUUGAACUGGGAAUAGAUAUGCAUGUAACAGUGAUGCUUUCUGUGUACUGAAUGUACUGGAAAUGCUUGCAUAGUAGUCUGUGUUACUGUUUACAAUUUCUGUUCCAGUACAUCACUGCUGUUCGACACCUGACCACUAUUUACAAUUUCUAUGCUUGUAUGUGGAUACAAUUUGAGCUCAGACUGGUAUUUAAUUUAACAUUUAUGUCGCUUUAAUACAAUAUUUUAAUAUGAAAAUAUUGAAGAUAAUGGAAAGCCUAAAGUCAAUUUGUAACUCAUGCUCAAAUCAAAGAAUACAUCAUACUUGUAUGCUAAUGUUUCAAGUUGACUAGCCAAUUUUCUUUUCAGUUUCUGUGCUACCAUUAAAGCCUAGGCAUUUAAUCAAAGAUCCACAGUAUAUUUAGUCGAGUCAGGAACAGCUAAAAGGUGAUGGCUUUUUCCUAAAUGUUAUAUGAACUGUACAUUUUACAAAUGAUGUGCUCCUGACAAAAUGCUGUACGGUUAUGUGGUUUCCAGUAUUCAAGUAAGUACUGCCAUUUCACUUUCUACAGUAAGUUUGUUGAGAGCCAUGGUGGAAGGUGCACCAUUCAGUGCCCAAAAUUGCAGCAUUCUGUGGUGAUUGUUAUUGAUGCUUUGUCUUUUUUAUCUGCUGGAAUAAAAUUAACCUUCUCAUUGACAAGCCUAAGCUACUUGGGGUGCAAUUGCAAGAUAGUAAAAAGUGUUGAAAAUGUUUUGCAUUGUUAUGUCAUCUCAUUAAAGUACUGUAUAUAUAUAUAUAUAUAUAUAUGAACUACAUGCAAUAGGAACAGCAGUGGCAGGUCUAGCAGAACCUACCUCGCUGUCUUGGUUGGUUCACUCACAGCAAAGGUGUAGUAUUUAAGGUGGGAAGGAAAAGUUUGUUCCUGUGUUGCAGAAUUGAAUAAUUAACCACAGAAUGGUAUGGUCAAAUUUCUAAUUAAAAUUUGCAAUAGUAGAAAAUGCAAUAUAUCAGUGUGUUUUCCUGUAAUAUAAAAUACAUAUUCAGAGAGUUGUUAAUCAGUGAUUAUUAGUUAUAUUUGUGUUAAAUAGCAUCAAUUUUCAAUAUAUAUCUGUGCACAAAACAUUUCCUAGAAAAUAAAGAACAGUUGAAUACAAUGUAUUCAUACACUGCUUUGCUCUCAAGUAACUAACCUUAAUUUUCUGGUCACAAUUCCUGUAAGAAUGCUGCAUGCAUAAUGUUGAUAUUUUGAAGCAUUUACUGCACAACUGACAUUUUCCUCUUCAAGAAGUGCCGUAAAAUUGUAUCUUGCUACAAGACAUAAGUGUUGUGAUGUAAUUGUAAAUUGAUAUUAAAAAUUAUGACCAUAUUGAAUUACAGUAUUAUUGAAUGCUUUAUGAUAGUUUGUUGUUGGAUGUUUUGGUGUUCACUUUUCUUUUAGACUUUUGUUACAGAUAUAUGACAAUUAUUUUUUAGUACAGAUAAUACAAUGGUUUUGGGAAGUAAAUUUUGUUCCAGUUCUGAAAACAGAAUGCAGUUAUGAAAUAUGCUAUCCAUAAAAUCAUGUUGCCUCAGGAGUUAUAAUAUUUUCAUACUUUGCUUCUCUGUAUCAGUUCCUAUGAUUAAUUCACCUGUAAAGAGAGAAAGUUGAGAGAUUACAAAGGCAUAAGUAUGAUAAUAGCAAACAAAUCUAAUUUUGAGUGCAUGUAGUUUCUAAAUGUGUUCUUUGUAACUUAAGCAUUGCUCUUGAUUUGAAUGUUCAUUAUUGUACAUACAAAUCUGCUGUUGACAGCUAUAAUCAACAGUACAUGGAAUUGAGGUAUAUAUUCUUGUCCUUAGGUUUUCAUGGCUGGGGGUCACUGUGAAACUUUGGCUUUUGUGUUUGAACCACAAAGGUUGAAAAUUAUCCAACAUUUUGGGAAACACUGCAAUUGCCUUCUUCUGGGGGAAUGUAUGGUGAUUGGGCAUGUUUGGAAACCUCAUACAGGACAGGUAAUAAGUGGUGGGUAGGAUACGAUGGUGCUGAUUGGUGGAGCAGAAAAGUAGGCAGUUCACUCAACUCUAAAAGCUGAAGUUACACAGAGACAAUUUAUUUUUGUUGCAUUUUAUGAAAUAUGUAGCCCAAAUGAAUAAAAGUUGCAGAUCUUAAUGGAA